UCAUGCACCGCUGAAUACACGCGCUUCCUGGCCAGCCGUGCUUCUCGUUCUUUCGUAAUCUCCCGACCGUUCCCGUUUUCGAUUUCGCGUAGUGAGUUCACAAGGCAGAUUUGUUCUCUAUCUAAAAGCUUCCUAUCUGUAAAAAAUCCUUAAACUUUCGCUGUAGAUCAUGGUUAAAGAAACCAAACUUUACGAUGUGCUCAACGCCAAGCCCUCUUCUUCUCAGGAAGAACUUAAAAAGUCGUACCGAAAACUUGCCCUGAAAUAUCAUCCCGACAAAAACCCCGAAGCUGGUGAAAAGUUUAAAGAAAUUUCUUAUGCUUACGAAGUGCUCUCUGAUCCUAAAAAGAGACGUGUUUAUGAUGAGGGUGGGGAACAAGCUUUAAAAGAAGGUGGUGGUGGUGGGUUCCAUUCACCAAUGGACGUUUUUGACAUGCUGUUUGGGGGUGGCGGCAGGAGACGGGAACCAAAUCGAGGUAAAGAUGUCAUGCAUCGACUUAAGGUAUCUUUAGAAGACAUGUACAAUGGGGCUACUAGAAGAUUGUCUCUCCAAAAAAAUGUCAUUUGCUCGAAAUGUGAGGGCCGUGGUGGAAAAGAAGGUGCAACUCAGACAUGCACAACAUGUCGAGGCACAGGAAUGCAAAUUCGAAUUCAGCAAAUUGGGCCAGGCAUGGUUCAACAAAUCCAGUCGAUGUGUCGGGAAUGUGACGGUCAAGGUGAACGAAUCAAUGCUCGUGACCGAUGUAAACAGUGCAACGGGAAAAAAAUUAUCAAAGAAAGCAAAAUUCUUGAAGUACAUGUUGAUAAGGGUAUGAGCGAAGGUCAAAAGGUUACAUUUCACGGAGAAGGGGAUCAAGAGCCUGGCCUUGAACCCGGAAAUGUUGUGAUUGUGUUAAUCGAGAAGGAGCAUGCAGUAUUUCAUAGACAGAAGCAAGAUCUUUUGAUGAAAAUGGAUGUUUCUUUGACGGAAUCACUCUGCGGAUUCAAGAAAGUUGUUAAAACAUUAGAUAAUCGUGAAAUUGUUGUUACGUCUCACCCAGGGGAAGUGAUAAAGUUCAAUGAUAUUAAGUGUGUUAUGGGUGAAGGCAUGCCAGUAUAUCGAGACCCAUAUCAAAAAGGGCGUCUUAUCAUUCAAUUCAGCGUGUCAUUUCCUGAAAACAACUGGAUUUCGGAAGCAGAUCUGAAAAAAUUGGAAAAACUCCUGCCUCCACGUGUCGAGGAGAUUAUCACUGAUGAAAUGGAAGAUGUUGAGUUGCAUGAAUUUGACCCGAGUGCGAGAGCACAAGGAUUGGGGGGCGAAGUCUAUGACGAAGACGAUGAAGAUGGACCUCGGGGUUCGGGAAUGCAAUGCCAAACUCAUUAAUGCGACGACUUAUAGACUAGCGACCAAAACUUGUCUUAUUCAUGUUAAUAAGGGUAUCCAAUUUUUUUACCCAAUCUACACUCUACGUUAUAUCCCUAUCUUUCAUGCAAGUUUUUAUUUUUGAAGUGACCCACCGUGUUUCAGCUAUAUAAACUUAUAAUAUGAUUUCAGUUUUUCAUGUGUAAUAUGUUUGACAAAAUACCACACCACACUUGGUUUUUGAGAACUCAAUCAACUGUCCUCCAUAUAUUUUUACUUUGAAUCCACUACCAAUAUGGCUUUUAUCGAGGAGGCCAUUCAAAUGACAAUUGGGUUCUUAUAUUUUGCCCUAUUCUAAAAUGUCUAUUGUUCGUGUUGGGACUAUUUGGCAUAUUGCUUGUUUUUUCAGUGCUUGGGUUUUAUUGUUCUCAAAGAAGGCGUGAUACUCUUAUACGCAUGUACAUUAUGCUCAUUAAUGUUUCCUUUCAGAAUUCAUCUAUUUUGAUUAUCCAGCAGAAAAGAAUCUUACCCACGGGUAUGCAUACUUGCACCAUGGCCUUUCUUAUUAUUCCAGUUUGUAUUAUAGCAUUGAUCUGAAUUUAAUAUUCAAUUUAAAAUAAGAUAGUUUGAAGAAACAUGAUGUUAAGUGAUAGGGUUUAGCCUUCUUUUUAUGUAACGGUUCAUUUUUGUAUUUUCUGAUAUAUUCAUUCAAUAAACUUGAUAAAAAAUUGGACACCCUUAUUUUCUUAGGAAGUUUUCAUUUGUUCCAUAGACAGACUGUUGAAAAUAUUAAUAAUAAAAUGUAAUUCAUAAACCACAGAGCAUGAUUGAAAUCUGUACUUUGAUCAAAUUUAUUGCGAAAUAUUAUUCUAGUCAGAACUGGAAUCAAUUAUACGUAUCAGGAUUGAAAUAUGUAUAUUUUACCUUCAACAAAUUUCAACUCAAUUUUUUUGACGAUAUGUAGUAAGCAUAUCAAAGCAUAAUUCAAAGGCUCGUGACUCCUUUUCUUUCAAUAUAUUUUGAGUGAGUAGCAUUCGCUUGGCGAUUUUGCUUCAACAUUUUGUCAUAUUCAUCUUAUUUUUGGAAUAUUUGCAAGGAUGAUUCCCGAUACAAAUCACAACUAUAAGUCGCUUGUCAUGAAAUAUUGUAUAGUCUGAUUGUUGUAUUAAAUACAACUAAUAUUUUUCUCACUAUGUACAAUUAAUUGUCUUCAUAGCAAGUUUUUUGUUUGUAUUUAUUGCCAUGUCGAAUAAUUUUGUUUCUAUUUAUGGAAGUGAUGGGUUUUAUGGAAUUCAAAUGUCUUUGUAAAAAUAAAAUAUCAUUCCCCUAAAUCGGAACCUUGUCGAUUGAAGUAUUUUGUGGAUAAUAUUCUGAAAAAUAAAUUCGAUUGAAUAACUGUAUGACUGUAACUUCUUAUUGAAAAGUAUGAAAAAUAAAAUUGGAGAUUUUUAUUAAAGAUAUUAUUGAUUCAACUUGAUUUAAAUCGUCAUAUUUUAAUUUUAUACUUACCUGUAGUUGAAUUGAUUAAAAAUCUAUACAUGGACAAAAGCUGUGUUAGAUGUCGACAGCAUAAGGUCUAUAUUUGGUUUGGCAUAAUUGGACUAUGAUUGUUAAAGCCUUAUUGGCAAAAUAUUUUGACCUUACCGAAGUGCUAGAAUUCUGUCAGUUUUUUUCUCUUCUCUAAUUGGGUUAUGACUGUCGUAACAGCAGAGUUUUGAUUCUUUUAUAUAAAUGUGGUCGUAUUUACAUCGGACACGAAUUUCUGCAAUGUUCGUGAUAAUUUUCUAUAGCCAAUUCUAUUUUCCUGUCUUUGCCUGAUACUAGGCUAACGUGAUCGUUUUUGAUUAGUAAUAAAUAAAACAACACAUUUCAUUAUGAUUUCAUUGCAUGAUGAACCUUCGAGUAUGAUUUAUAUUGUAUUGUUUGAAUCAUUGGCGAGAUAUUGUCAUAUGCGAUUGUAUUUAAGAAAUAUUCAGUUAUAACUUCAUUUCAGCUGAUAAUAUUUAAAAUAUUUUUUUGUGGAUGAUAAUAUGUGAUAUACUGUUUUCUAUUGGAAAUUCAAAUAUGAGCUGGUGGCCAAACAUCGCCUAGUUAUGACAGAAUAUUUAACAGCUAUGUUAUUGAGAUUUGCUUGCAAUUAGAUAAAAAUAUUCUGCAAUUUAAUUAAUCGUUAUGAAAUAUUACUUCGGGUUAAGACAAUUGUUAUGAAGUGAACUUUGAUCACUAUCUAAACCAGUAAAGUGAUGAGCUGUUGAACGGAAUAUUUCCAAUAUUAACAGAGGGUGUUUAUGCUGUCAGCUUGGCUUUCCGAUAAUAGCUAUAAAUAAAUCAAUAUAUUGAUAAUACAGUCAAACUCUGUCCAUAUUUGACAUCAGCUAUAUUGUUUCAUUAUUGAUCAUAAAAAUUACUUGUAUGAUAUUGGCACACCGUGUAUUUAUUGAUAUCUAGUCUAGUAGUGAAUAAUAUUUUGAAUUCUGAACUCUCUUCUGUGGCUUUUUUAUGUAG